UUUGCGAUGGAGGACGUUUACACGAUCAAAGUGAAGAGUAAACCUGACACCAGAAACUUAUAUCCUUCGGAGAGGAGGUACUCUGCGUCCACUGUCUCUGGUUUGGCGUGGGUCCACAUAGCUUUGGCUGCAACGUCAUUAUUACUGGCCUGUUUAGCCAUUAUAAGUCCUAACACGGAACUGAAACUUUCAAACAACAAUACAGACGUUAAUGAUACAGAAUUGUUAUUAAAUACUACAGAUAAUAUAGACAAUGUAACAGAUUAUGUUAAGGAUAAUUGUAAUAAUGAUAAUAGUUAUAUUCUCGUGUUAGCCCCGACUUUAAUAGCUGUUUUUGCUCUCGCCGCCGGUAUAGCGUCCAUUCUGGCUUCUGUAAAAUGGUAUAUGGACAAUAAUAUAACUUGGUUGUUUGUUAUAUCUGUAAUAUCCACUAUAGCAUCAUUUUCCUCGUUUAUAAUGAUACUCGUUUGGUUCAUAACGACCGCUGAAGGCGAUAUAUCGGAGUUUUAUAAGGAGAAAAUUCCGUUUAAAGAUUAUAUUGUUGUAAAACACACAGAUGUUUUAGAUAGAAAUGAAUCACACAUCCUCGUGACCUUAAACUCAAACUCGGGAGGUAACAAUACAUAUUUGUUUACCAAACGUGUGCUAUCAAUAAAUAUACUAAUUGCAGCGGCUCUUGAACUGCUGUGGUCGUUGUUGAGUGUCAAAAUAUCGUAUAAAGGCAUGAGAAGUAAUUACAAAGAUGAUAAUAAUCAAAGGAGGGGCAAUUGUAUUUCCGUAGUGACAACUAUCAAAGGGAACGACCCUAAGAACAUGCCGAGGAACGGUAAACUGGUCCCGCAAAAACCAGAUUUGAUAGAACACUAUCCGAGCAAAAAGAUCAAAAGGAUUUUCCUCGCGCAGAGCGACAACGAGUUUUACUUGAAAUCUCAGAAUAAUAAAGCGAAACAGAACACAGAAACAAGCUCCGAGUUCUAUAAAGAGCGUAUGUUGAAUUUUCUGAACAGAUGCGCAUCACUAGAGAUGUCUGACACAGAAAUGAGAACGCCAAGUGUACAAUCUGAAGCGGUUCUAAAUCCUAUACCUGAAAUAAAUAGCGUUGAUAUUAAUAAUGAAAAUAAAGCAGAAAAUGAAGUCAAGGACCGUAGUACACCGGUCAGUUGGGGCGACACACCCGAUCACACGAUUUACAAUCAGAACACAAUAAAUUUCGAGAAAAUCUUCAAGUUUGGUAAAAAGAAUGAGGUGGACAGUGAAAAGAUAAAUGAGAUAAGUGAAAAUGCUGAAUAAUAUGGCGUGACUGGAGUAACUUGCUCAAUGAAUGGACUAGAAAGUGUGUAUUGCACGCAGAACUGCAAAACUGUUGUUUUAUCGAAACGACCUUAAGUUAUUGGGGUCGAUUAAUUGGGCAAAUUGGUCGUGUAUAGAGCAAGAAAAUAGUCAAGAGGGAGCAAUAACUAUGUAGCUAUAAGUAACAACACAAUAUGUAUAAUAACUAACUUGUGUAUAAUAAUAUAGCAAGAAAAUAGUCAAGAGUUGACGGCCUUGGUCUAGCGGUUUAGCACACCGCCUUACUUCCGAUGGUCGCGGGUUCGAGUCCUCGCACGACACAAACAUUUGUAUUCAUGAGUAUGAUUGUUUGUAUCGGU